CAGCAGCCCCCACCAUUCCAACAGAGGGCUGGGGGUCAGGCCCGAGUCUAUACCAUUACCCACGAUGAGGCUGCCCGCAACACAGGUACUAUGUCUGGAAUGCUUUCUAUCUCCAACGUGUCUGUCUUUGCAUUGUGUGAUACCGGUGCUACCCAUUCUUUUAUCUCUUCUCGUUGCUUGGAGGCAUUACCUAUUAGCACUGUGAGUCCUUGUGAUCCUCUCGGGGUUAGUUUAGCCUCGAAAAAAAUUAUUGUCUCCGAUUCUUUGGUUCGUGAUCUUCCUGUUUCUAUUGGCGGUCGAGUUCUGAUUGUUGAUGCUUAUAUAAUUGAAAUGCGAGACUUUGACGUGAUCUUGGGCAUGGACUGGCUCACCCGCUAUCGAGCCGAUAUCCGGUGCCAGGAGCGCGAAGUCACCAUCUUUCCUGAUUCUGAUCAGCCUGUUGUGUUCUAUGGGGUGAAGUCGAGGACUGUGCCUCGAGUCAUCUAUUCUAUGCAAGCUAGGAAGAGCCUUUCCAAGG